CCGCCCGCCCCGCCGAGCCCAGCACCGCCGAGCCCAGUACUGCCGAGUCCAGCCACGUAUAAUUUAGUUUAAUGGAUGAUUAUUUUAUGUGCCAAGUCGGUGAUGAUGAUGAUUGGGGUUUUACGGUGCACAAGCAACUUAGGCCAUAUUGCGCCAGACAACAUUACUUAAGAUGGCUAUACUAGGAAGGAUAUAUUAGAGAGUUUUCAUGGUAAAGUUACAGCUGAUGCAUAUAUCCAGUCUUCUUAAGAAAGUCAAAAACACGGUGAAGUGACACUAAAGGAUGAUCACCAAGCAGAAGCAAAGGAUGAAAUGGAAGGUUACCUCUAAAAAGCUCAGGAAAACUUUGUCGGCGAUGUCGGUGAUAAAAUCUACAAUGCCAUAAAUGUGUAAAACUGUCAGUACUUCUCCACAAUGGGCACAAAACUUUUCGUCUUCGCCACAAAGAUGUAGAUGAGUCAGACGUGAAUGGCCAAUCCUCAGGCGGCAUAAUAAAACCUCCAGUCGACGUUUCUUAUGGAACGAGCUCUCCCACAGAGCCCAGAUGGGCUUAAUGACAUGAAGUUUAUUGUUAAGGGCUGCCCACACUAGCGAGAAAACGCGCGCGGCGCGCCGAUUGCGUAGAAAACGCGUUCCGCAAAAUCGGUCGAGAGAAAGAUUUUCCUGCCGCGAGGUAAUGGCUCCCUGCACUAUUUCUUGUGGUAUGCUGCGUGCCGCUGGCACAGACGCGCCAAUCAGAGGCGUCACAUCUAGUCACGUGGGAUGCCAUGGCAACACUUUCGCGAGAAAGUUGCGCCACCGAGUAGUGGCGAGUUCUGGGGGGCUAUGUUGCACUUUUUGCACUCCCAGGAGACUAGGGAGAGGGAAGUGACGUAGGUGUGAAUGAACGUUUCUUAGCAACACCACGGUUCGCGGAAACUCACCUUCUGACGCCAUGACGACAUCGCAGUAAUUAACUACGACACACUUCCGAAGCACGGCCGUGAAGACACAAAGCCAAACGAGCGAACCAAGCCGACUCUUGUACUUGUAUCGAGCCGACAGUAGCCAAGGGAGUGCGACUCUCACCGUCACAUAUAAUUUAUUUUACACGGCGUCGUAAAUAAAAAAAAACUUUGAAUGCUGAUGAAAUUAGCACGUUUUUCUUUAGUUGGACUGAAAAGAAAAGUGAAACCGAAGUUAUGUGAUGUAAAAGCUGCCGGCAACAAUUGCGGGAUGCGGACGCGCGCGUUUUUCGAAAACAGAUAGCAGACGACAAUUUACCGCCUCAAUCAUGUCUGUCAUGUCUGAUCAGGCAAGCGAGAGAGAGCCCUGCGAGCCAGUCAAUGCAUUACAAAAAGAAGAAAUGGACAAUUUUAUAUUUGCACAUCGCGAACUGGCUCGUGGGGCCUCUGACCUCUCGCCUAGCCUGACCAGAGAUGACAAGGCAAGGUUGUGGGCCGAGUUGACCUGCCGGCUGAGCCACCUCGGGCCGCCGCGCAGCACAGAGCGGUGGAAGAGGGUUUGGAUGAACCGCGUCUCCAAAGCCCGCAAGCGGUGCGCAGUAGUCGAGGCUGAGAGCCGCAAAACGGGGGGAGGCUCCUCCCGGGCGCGGCUCUCAUCAACCUACUCCCGCAUCCUGUGCAUUGUCGGUGUAGACUCUGCCCUGGGCGCCCCCGGGUUUCGUGCCCCCUACUUUCCGGAGGAGGAGGCGCAGUCUGUGGGCGCCCCGGCAGAGGAGCACCCAGCUUCGCAGGAUGCGGGGGAGGUGCUCGAGGAGGAGGCGGAUGAGGAGGAGGACGCGAAUCAGGAGGCAUCUACCUCAACGCAAAUGACACGGCCUCGAGCACGGCGAGCCACGGUUCGACCAAGGGUGCCUCGUCGAGUCCCUCGAGUCUCUCGACAGGAGCAGCGGGACGAGGCGGCCUUUUCGGCCGUGGCUAACCAGCAGCGCCUGCUCGACGCCAACGCAGGCCGCGAUACGAGACGAAAGGUUCCAGGGACAGAUCACGCUCGGCAUGGGGCAGGUCCUGGAGCGGCUGGACCAGCUGGCACAGAACGUGGGGCAGCUGGCGCAGCACGUGGAGCAGCAGGCGCAGAGCAUGGACCGGAUCGCAGACAACAUCCAGGAGGGGGUCUUCUCCAUGCACCUCAGCCCCAGGCCCAGGCCCAGCCCCAGGCCGAGCCCCAGGCCGAGCCCCAGGCCCAGCCCCAGGCCCAGCCUCAGGCCGAGGCCCAGGCCGAACCCCAGGCCGAGCCCCAGGCCCAGCACCUGGCCCAGCACCUGGCCCAGCCUUGA